AUGUCACAGAAGAUCGGUCAGAGCGGGUUGGCGUUUGCCAGGCUAUGGCACCACGUGGACGUGGCUCGGGAGCAGCGGACGCUGGGUAGACUGGCGUCGAGCAUUGCGAUCACGCUGAUGGGAAAGCACAAACCGGUAUAUCACCCCAGCAUGGACUGUGGGGACUACGUGGUGGUGACCAACGCGCAGGAUCUGCAGGUGACGGGUAAGAAGUGGGAGCAGAAGACGUACUGGUCCCACAGCGGGAGGCCAGGGCACCUGAAGCUGCGGACGAUGGAGACCAUAGCGACGAACAAGGGCCACAGCGAGCUGCUGCGCAAGGCGGUGAGCGGGAUGCUGCCCAAGAACCGGCUGCGCAAGGUGCGGCUGGCGAGGCUGAAGGUGUUCGACGGCAGCGAGCACCCGUACAAGCAGAACAUCGUGGCGUUUGCGGACGAGCAGGCGGAGCAGCCGGCGCGGCCGUCGGCGUGA